UAGGCAUCAGACCAACUGAAGGCUUCACCCUCUCUCUACCAAGUGGUCUGUCUCCAUCUGGCCAGGUGUACCAGAAGCUGGGGGCUCCCUAUACCUGCCCCCAGAGCUUCCUGAGACAGUCUGGGUAGUCUUUCUACCUCCGGGCUGCCCAUGGGCAGGAAACCCAAGCAUUAUUUUGUUCCAGUCCUGCCUCAAAUCCUUCCCUGAAGCCCUUCCCAAGGAAGCACCCUGGCAUGUAAAUCUCUUUUGUGGAGUACAAGUCAUCUGGACCAAAACAAAGAUUUUAAAGCAUGUCAGAGUUUUGGUUAAUUUCUAUUCCUGGAGAUGAGGAAAAUUUGAGGAUCCUGGAGCGGAUGAAGAAUCUUACCUCCAAGGCCAACCUGUGCCGCAAUUCCAACUUUGCUAUUCCUGAUUUCAAGGUGGGGACCUUAGAUUCUCUCAUUAGCCUCUCAGAUGAGUUGGGGAAACUUGAUCAUUUGGCCGAAAGUCUCGUGAAGAGAAUGGUUCAGUGUGUUAUAGAACAGAAGAAAUUCAAGAACGGUGAAUUUCAGGAGUACCUUUUGGUCACUGGAGUUUCCUUAGCUUCUUUUGUGACUCACUUUGAAUGGGAUAUGGCCAGGUAUUCUGCCCAGCAACCAUUGUGGACUAUAGUGGAUAAGUUAGGGAAGCAGCUGACCCAAAUGGAGACUGAUCUAAAAACCAGAAUCUCAGUCUACAACAAACAGAAAAGACAUCUGGAGAAUAUGGAAGAGAAAUUGACAGGCAACCUCUUUAGCAGGUCACUAUCAGAUAUUGUGAGCAAAGAGGAUUUUGUGUUGGAUUCAGAAUAUCUCAUCACCCUCCUGGUAAUUGUUCCAAAAGCAAGCUAUUCUAAGUGGCAGAAAACUUACGAAUCCCUCUCUGACAUGGUGGUCCCUCGGUCAACCAAACUGAUUGCUGAAGACAAAGAGGAUGGCCUCUUCACCGUCACCAUGUUCCGUCAAGUGAUUAAUGAGUUCAAAGCCAAAGCUGCAGCCAACAAGUUCACUGUUCGAGACUUUUUCUAUGAUGAAAAAGAAAUUCAAAGAGAACGGGAAUUGCUAAACAAGUUGCUUUCAGCGAAGAAACAACAAUAUGAUAGUUCCCGAAGAGUUAGGAAAAAACGAACCUCAUCCUUUCUGGAUCACAUUGUGAAGGUGGCCAGAUUUAUUAAUCCAUGGAAGCAUCAACCAAAGCAGAUAGAGAGAAAAGAGAUUAAGAUUAAGAAUGGCAAGAGGGAGAGUCCAUAUCUACGCUGGCUCAAGGUGAAUUUUGGGGAAGUAUUCAUUAUCUGGAUUCAUGUAAAGGCUUUGCGAGUGUUCGUAGAGUCUGUGUUAAAGUAUGGCCUUCCUGUGAAUUUUAAUGUAAUAUUGUUACAACCCCAGAAGAAGUCUUCAAAACGUCUGAGGGAGAUUCUCAAUUUAGCUUUCAAGCACCUAGAUGAAACAGCAGCUAGUAUAGUGGAUUCUUCUCUGGAUGUCCCUGGAUUACAAUUUAAUAACCAAGAUUACUUUCCUUAUGUCUACUUCAAUAUUGGCCUUAGAUUUCUGGACUAGCUUUUUAGAAGUUAGGUAAUUCUUCAUCACCCUAAACUAGCCUUACCUCAAAUUAAAAUGUAAAUAUUCUCUA